GAUGCGGCUACUGGCUCCAACAAGGUGACGCAGCUACAGCUUCUUGUGAACGCAGAGUUUUCGGGCAAGUGGGAGACCUACGUCGAGGAGCUCACGAAGUUUCUACUGGACAUCAACCGAUAUCAAGAGAAGUUUUCAGAGGUGAUCUCAGACACCCUUGUCCAAGCCUUGAUCAAGAAGAACACGCCCGAGCCGCUGAAGACUCAAGUGAUGAUGCAGACUUUCACGAACCACCAGAUCCUACGGGAGACUUGCGAGGCCUUCGCUCAGCAGAUGACGCAGCGCGACCCGAGGGUGACCAAGAAGAAGUUCGACCCGAACGCCAUGGAUGUGGACGCUUUCGACAAGGGCGGCAAGGGCGAUUCCAAGGGCAAGGGCUUCGGCGGCAAGUCGGACCAGAAGGGCAGCGGUGGCAAGGGCGACGGCAAGAACAAGAUGAAGAGCAAGAAGGGCGAGACGAAGCUCUUCGACGGAUGGUGUUCGAAUCCCCACUGCGGCAAGUGCGGGUACAAGAUCGCGGAGGUCAGCGAUCCGUUUCUGAGGUUCAGCCAGGACUUCAACCAGCUCCAGGAUCGGGCUCAGCAAGUACGGUCCAUCCAGGAGAUUCAGCGUCACAGACACGAGUAUGUGGAGCUGGACGCGUACAGGCAGCAGUACUACCAGAUGACGAAGGGGGCUAUGACGGAGAAGUGCAAGCUCACAGGCGAGCCAGGUCAGUCUCUGCGAUCCAUUACUGGUAAGGGUAUUCGGACUUGGGAUAAGCGGACGUUGACGGGUGAGGUCUUCGAUUCGAACACAUCGAUCCCUGCAAAGCUAGACGUCACGCCAGCUGAAGUUCGUAGAGGUGCCCUUUCAGUUGCAGAGAUGAAUGAUGCAGGAUAUUCGGUACACUUUGAUCCUGACGGAGCCAAGAUGUUCAAAAGCAACAAGAAUGUGCAGCACGAGAUAGAUAAAGCGAUCGAGUCGACAGUGACUUUGCAGUUACGACGGAAGGUGAAUGCGUUUCUUCUUCCGAUGAGGUUCAAGGAUCCGACAGGCUACGAGUCCAUCAUCGGCGAUGCCGAGGACCACCCUGAGAAGGACGACGAGCAGAUGAAGAAGGAGCCUGUCGAGACACAGCCUGUGGAGGUGCAGGCUGACAGUGGGGCGGCUAGUUCGACAGGCUACCUCAUGGGAGUUGUCGUGGAAGCUAAAGGCAACCAGAGCUGCGCUAUAGCGGCCAUCAGCGAGUACCUGGACGAGCUUGGCUACAUGAGUAUGGAAGCUCAGUUAGACGGAGAACCAGCACUGGAGGCACUCAUGAAUGGAGUGAUUUCGGAGCGUAUCAAGAAGUUCGACAAAGAGGCAGCUGAAGCUCAACUUCGAGUACGGCUAGUUCCAAAAGGAAGCCACGCUUCUCAAGGUGGAGUUGAGAGUGGAGUCAAGUCGGUUGCAGGUCUUGCGAGGACUGGGCGUUUGGCUCUGGAGAAGCGUUACAACAUGAAGUUCACUGAGGAUGUUCCUAUCAUACCUUGCAUGAUUCGGCAUCAGAUAUUCUGCCACAACAGGUGCCAGCGGAGGAGGAGCAGCGGUCGCACAUCUUUCGAGGAGCUCAGGUUGGCACCGUACACUUCACCCAUGCUGGAGUUCGGAGAGACAGUGAUCGGCAAGGAGCACACGGAGCUGCAGGACAAGCUGGGUACAGCCUGGUGCAAGGGACUGUGGCUCGGACGCAGUUCGAAGAGUGAUGCUCAUCUUAUCGGCACGGCGGCGGGGGUAGUUCAGGCCAGGACAGUGAAGCAGCUGACGACGGAGGGGAGCUUCGACAUGGAGAUGCUCAAAGCCAUGCGUUGGACGCCUUGGAGGACCUCGGUUAGAGCUGGAGUCUACGAGGGCGAGAAUUGGCAGCCGACGGAAGGAUGCCCUGGGCUAACAACGGUGAGCAGCAAGCACAGCGACCAGCUGGGCCAGAGCCAGCACAAGGUCAAGUUCCAGUUGAAGCAGUUCGUCGGGAGGUGCAGAAGAUCGAGAGGAGGCUUCGUGGCAAGCAGGGAGUACCAGCUCCAGGGGCACCCGCUAAGCGAGGAGCUGCUGACGCUGACAUCGGUGAAGGCGGCCCUGGAGGUCCACCUGGAAAUCGAGGCCUGGCUCGUGGCGGGCUUCAGCACGGAGGAGAUGAUGAGGCUCGUGGGCGAGGUCGACAAGGAGCUGAAGGACGACAGCGAGUUCAGCAUCGUGAUGGUCUGGACCGAGGACGACGAGUGGGAGGCGAAGCAGUGCGAGCUAGAUCGGUUCGACAACUACGACGUGUGGGAGCUCACGCUGAGGGACCCUCGCGGGCCUAAGGCACUUACGUGGACUUGGGUUUUGGAGAUGAGGAGUGGCGAGCUCAAGGCGAGGCUUUGUGCGCGACCAUUCGGCAAGCAGGGCAACAAGAGCAAGAAUGAGCUGUGCUGCCCUACUCCACUUUCGUUCUCACUCAAGCUGCUCAUGGUCUACGCUAUCGUUAAGGUUCCGAAGGAGUACUGCCAUCUUCCCGAUGGUUCGGAUUGGGUUUUCAAGCUCAAUAAGACCGUCUACGGACUUAACGAGGCGAUGAUCGAUUUCGACGACCACUUUGAGAACAUCGCUACAGGACGGAGUGAUGAAUCUAAGAUGACUUUCAAGAGGUUUCUUUCUGACCCGUGUACGUUUGCAGACAAGGCUAAUCAAGUUGCUAUGUCCAAGCAUGUCGACGAUGGCACGCUGGUGGGACCCAGGGUUUCAGCCAGCAAAGCGUUGGAGGAGCUCGACACACAUUUUCUACUCAAGGUUCCUGAGCUCACAGUUGGUGGUCCUGAGAUCAAGCACCUUGGACGUGGCUGGCUCCGCACCCCCGAAGGUAUUCAAGUUCGCAUGUGGCCUGCUAUUGUCAAGAAGCUACUCGACUCAGAGCCCAAUGAUAAGAAGACGAGCCCAAUACCAGGAGUCAGGAACGAGAAGAAGGUCGAGAGCGAGGAGGAGUUGGAUUCCAAAGCGGCCACAAAGUUCAGGAGCGUCAACGGCCUCAACAUGUUCGUGUGCUUGGGGAGGCCCGAGUGUCAGUACGCAGCGAAGGAGUGCUCGAGGGAGAUGUCACGACCGACGGUGCAGGACCAGGCGAGGCUCACGCGCAUCAUCAGGUUCAUUCGAGCUCACCCAUCUUCAGUCACGUGCGUGUAUCCAGACAGCGGCGAGUUCAAGGUUAUCGGACGUGCAGACUCUAAUUGGGCAGAGGAUCCUAUCGGGAGGAAGUCUACAAGUUGUGGUCAGUUGUUUCUCAAUGGAGCUUUGAUCAUGCAGUUCGUCAAGACUCAGGGGGCACCAGCACUCUCGUCGCCCGAAGCUGAGUUCAACGCACUCGUGCAUGUCGGGAUUGAGGCGAGAGGAGCCCAGACUUAUCUCAAGGAGCUCUUGGACGAAACUGUACCAGUGACGCUGGAGAGUGACAACUCCAGCGCUCUCACGAACGUCGAGAAGAAGGGAGUCGGCAGGAUGAGGCGCAUCGAGUUGAAGGAUCUGUGGGUCAAGGACCUAGUCGCUCGCAAGGCUGAGACGAAGGUCAGCACGAGCAAAGUUCACACCGACGAGAACACCGCAGAUCUUGGGACGACACAUCUUUCGAGGGUCGAUUUCAUGAAGCACCUAACGGCGAUGAAGGUUUGGCUCACUGGGAAAGGUGAGGUUGGUGGAAUUUCAGGUUCAAGCAACGAGAAGAAGGGCCAGAUCGGUAA